AAAUGUUGUGACAAGCUACAAUGAGGACAACUCUACUCUAUGACAUCAGCCAAUGAAAAGAAAGUUGCCGUAGCAAAUUCUGAGAAAUAUUUUGGCUGCGUCAUCUUACAACAGCAUUUUCACAGAGCAAAGAUGUCAGACAAAAAGACCCCUUACCAAGGGAAAAGACGAGUUUUUGGAGAGUUCCGCUGUCCAUCGUGUAAUCGUAUGUGGCAAAGUGGUAACAGCUGGGCUAACGCUGGUCAGAAAUGCAAGACAUGUGAUAUUAUGGUCUAUCCUUACAAGCAGAGACCGUUAGAGAGAAAAGAUUCUGAUGACGAAGACUUUAUUGAUGAAUCUAAGCCUCACCUGCAGCAUCUGUGCGAAAAAUGUAUCCGACUUGGGCAUUCCUGUCGUUAAUGCAGUCCUCUGAAGAAAAAAUAUAUAUAGGACUGUCAUUAGAAGCACCUGCAUAACUUUUAAUGGCCGAUCAAAUAAAUAAAAAGCUGAUUUUCUUCCAGAUUUUUUUUGUUUUUUGAUUUUGUAGAACACUUUUAGCCGAAGUUAGGGUUCCUGUGAUUUUAUUGUUUUUUACUUUGCCUGGUUUAAUACUGUAACUGAAAUGCUGAAAUAAAAGACUCGAUAGAACUUGUCAACGUAUCAAACUAGCUUAACCUGAAUAAGAAUAAAAUAAACGUGCAUGGGUAAAAAUC